AUGGCAAAACUGCUCGCUUUUUAUCUUCGCUACCUCCAUUUUUAUUCAUCUUCGCUUUCAGCUAACACAGAGAUUCUUCCUGGAAUAGGCAGUGGUGGGCUCAGUGUUGGUGGAGUAGUCUUUGGUGGGUUGACUGGUGGUAUUGGAGUGGAUUUUAGUAGGUUCACUGGGGGAGGUGGAGCGGUCUUUGGUUGGCUCACUGGUGGAGGUGGUGUGGACUUGGGUGGGCUCACUGGUGGUGGUGGAGUUGCUUUGGGUGGGCUCACUCGUGGUGGUGGUGUAGCAAUAGGUGUCUUCACUAGUGGUGGAGCUGGUGCCUGGAACUAA